AUGCAAUAUGCUGUUCGUGGACCCAUUGUCACCCGCUCUUUGGAAUUAGAAAAAGAGUUGCAAUCAGGAGAAAAGAAGAACUUUCAACAAGUUGUGAAGUGCAACAUCGGUGAUUGUCAUGCAACGGGUCAAAAACCCAUUACGUUUUUUCGCCAAGUUAUUGCUCUUUGCAGCUAUCCUCCUCUACUAGACGACUCAAAGUUUCCUGAAGACGCAAAAAACCGUGCUCGUAGUAUCUUAGCCGGAUGUGCCGGAGGAAGUGUCGGCUCCUACAGUAUCUCAACCGGAGUGGUUUCUAUUCGUGAACGAAUUUCAGAAUAUAUCAAGCGUCGAGAUGGCAUUCCCACUAACCAUACAAAUAUAUUUCUUUCAAACGGGGCUAGUGAGGCUAUUAAAGCUGUUUUACUUCUCCUCUCUUCUUCACAAUCUGGAUCGAAUCGAGUUGGUGUAAUGAUUCCGACCCCGCAGUAUCCGCUGUACUCGGCCACCCUUUCAGAGUAUAAUGUUUACCAAAUAAAUUACUAUUUGGAUGAAGAUAAUAACUGGGAUUUGGACAUAGCUGAUAUGGAAAGGGCUCUGGCCGAAUCAAAGGAAAAUUGCAAACCUCGUGCGCUAGUUGUUAUUAACCCCGGCAACCCCACUGGACAGGUUCUCUCACGGAAGAGCAUGGAGGACAUCAUUCGUUUUGUGAAACGUCACGGUCUCGUUCUUUUGGCUGAUGAGGUCUAUCAGUUCAACGUUUACCAUCCUGAAAUUACACCUUGGACGUCCUUCAAGAGGGUUCUCCAUGAUAUGGGUCCCGAUUAUGCGGAUAGCGUUGAACUCGCCUCCUUCAUGUCUGCCAGCAAGGGCUACAUGGGUGAAUGUGGUUUCCGUGGCGGUUACUGUGAGUUAACCAACUUUGAUCCCGACGUCCAAGCCCAACUCUUUAAGUACCUCUCUGCUCGACUCUGUCCUGCUGUUUUGGGUCAGGUUAUGAUAGGGUUGAUCUGUGAUCCACCAAGACCAAGCGAACCCUCCUACGAUCUCUACAUCUGCCAGCGGGACUCUGUGUUGGCUGAUUUGAAGGAGAAAGCUCAACUCACUACAGGUACUCUGAAUGGUCUAGAGGGUGUCACAUGCAACGCCGUACAAGGGGCUAUGUACGCUUUUCCUCAAAUCCGACUGCCUUCGAAGGCUGUUGCUGUCGCAAAGGAAAAGGGUAUGGAGCCAGAUUUCUUUUACUGUCUCUCUCUGUUGGAAGAAAAGGGCAUCUGCUUCGUUCCUGGCUCCGGAUUCGGUCAAAAACCGGGCACCUAUCAUUUUCGUACGACGAUCCUACCUUCGAUUCCGGUGAUGCGUCGGGUGAUGGCUGAUCUGGAAGACUUCCAUAAGGCCUUCCUAGCCAAGUACUCCAUCUAA